AUGGAAACACGGUCGGGUCGUAAACUAAGUUCGGCAAAUACUCGUACGGCAAAAGCGUUGCCCCUACCACCGUCGGCAGAGGAAACGCACCCUGAUGCCGCCGCCUCGGCGUCGGUGUCCACCGUACCACCGAUCGCAGUCAGUGCUCGCAGCACAUCGACCUGCAGCCGCUCAUCAGCUACGGUUCGUGCUAAGAAGCUUGCAGCGGAAGCGCUACACGCACAACGGCUCGCCAAGAUCGAGUUGGAGGCAGCCGAAGCACGUCGCCGUGUUGAGUUGGAGGUGGCGAGAAAGAAAUAUAAUGCAGAAAUUGCAGAAAUUGAAGCAGCCAGCUGUCGGGGCAGCCGAUCUAGUGAUCAUGCUAGUAUUGGUCGUAGCUGCAAUGAAGAUGUGGAUAAAUGCACACAGGAGUCCGGAGAGUCAAGUUCGCAUGCUGUAGACAAUAAUGCGGACCAGCCGCGUUCAGAAUUGGUGACUCAGACGUCUUCAGAUAAUUCUAUUAAUGUAACGGCACUAACUUCGCGUAGACAGUCUAAUAUUUCAAAUAUUCUAACGGCGGAAGAUUUAAAUCUUGCUGAGUCACAUAUACUACGUCGUAGCCAAGAAGACGAUUUUCAAGAAGAGAUUGCAUACAUUGCUAAUAAUCGGCCACUUAACCUCAGAGUCGUCUCCGCAAGCUGUCACCACAAAUUGGUCCUGACAAACUUAUACAUCUCUGGUCGUAUUACAGCGGUUUUAGAUGUCAAUGAAGAAGAUAAGUUUUCUAUUUUUUUUAGAUGGAAACAUCCAAGUAUUCUCCUUUAAUUCAUUAUUAUCAUGUUCGAACUCCUCAUGGAAAUACGGAAACCAUUGUUAACGAGCUUCGACAAAAAUACUGGAUUCUUGGAUUACGCAAUGCUGUGCGAUCAAUUGCUCACAGCUGGCAGCUCCUUACCAGCGACACUGCAAUAGAGAUCUAAUUCACGCAAUAACUGGAGAAUUGCUGUAUGACUAAGUGACAUGUUUUGGGUAAGAGAAUAUCUCCCCGGUUUACUGUCCCGUCGUUCAAGUUCCAGCUCUACAGCACCAAGUAUUUCUAUCGAAGAUGUUGUUCUUAUAGCUGAUGGAGAUUUACCCCGAGGUACAUGGCCGCGAGGU